GUGAAAUUUAAAACUUACCAAAUUGCCAACCUUUCAUUUAUUUAAAACAAUUAUACGAGUUGUCACAGCAACGGAAAUAAAUCCAUCCACUUAGAAACGUACACAAAAUCAAAUAAAAUUUCUUAAAAAUGGAGUCGAAUACUACAGCUGCAAGUUACUUUAAUAUUUUCAUUACCGGACAAUUAGAAUCAGCAACAUUUCCACUGGGACCAGAAGCGUCGGAAAUAUUUUGCCGUUAUGAAAGUGUGGCUGGUCCCGAUUGGGAACUCGUUAGUGGACACAGCAAGGGUAUAACACAAUUUGCUUCCAAUCAUAAUGGCAACUUUAAUGAUCCCAUUAUAUUCAAUAUGCCAAUAGAACAAACCUAUCGCAGUACGAACUCAUUUGGAUGGCCUCAACUCCUGAUAUCCAUUUAUGGUAAAACACGUUGGGGCAUAGAAACCUCUCUAGGUUACAGUCGUGUUCAUUUGCCCGUAUUUGGAAAUGUCACAAAUUAUAGUAUUAAAGCGCCCAUAUUAAAACCCCGCUGCAGUAACAUGUUGGCCGAUGUGACUACUUGGCUGACAGGUCGCAAUCCAGAACUAAAAGAUACAAAAGUCUUAUUAGACAAUUCUAAAAGUAAAGGUUUGUCUAUGGAAUCAUAUGGAGAAUUACAACUAAUGUUGAACAUUAUAACGAGAGGAACGGCACGUCUAGGCUUAGAAUAUUAAAACCAAUAUUACAUUUUAUACCAUGCAAUAAACAAUGAAAAUAAAUAAAAAUAUACACAG